UUUGCUUACUUGUUCACCUACUCAAACUGUGUAUCUGUAUUACAAUGCAAAUUAAUUGUGCCCAGUGAUUUUACAAAACAAAAUCACAAAUAUUAGUUGCCUGUUUCUGUGUUUGUUUAUAUUUUUGUAACUGAAAAUAAUGAUUAUUUAGUUCAUAUAUAUUCAAGGCUGACAUAAUACCAACAAGAUAUACUUUUAAUCACAAUAGGUCAGGUUAUUUGGUUAUAUGCAAAGUAACUAAAUGGCUACGUUAUGACUUUUUAACCUAUUUCUGCAAGGUUUUAUCUGAAGAAACAACUCAGAACAUAAUACCACUAUAUUUUCUGAUCAGACCUACAUAGCUUUGCACCACUGUUUGUAACAUCACUACUUAAAGAGGCAAAAUAUCAAAGUUUAAAAGUAUGGCAUUGUAAGCCAAUUAAAAUUAUGCCUUUAUCUUGGAACUGUAUAUAUUGCAACAUUAUUAUUUCCGCUUCAGUAAACUUGUGAAAACUCCCAAAUAUUGCAAUCACUUCAUUUUUUUGUGCAUGUGUUAAACUUCCUCUUUUUUGCGUCUUUAAAUUAAAAUAAGUGCAGUGGCUACCUUAUUCUUUAGACAUGCAUGCUACAGAUGUUUAAAUUACACCAUUCUGAAGACAUUACUCUAUUUCUGGAGAACAAGGCAUCCUAAAUCAUAUUUUUUAAAGUUUUACUUUCAGCAUGGAUGCUUAUCGUCUUUGUAAGGGAAUACUGUUUCUCUUGCUUGCAGUUAUAGGAAUUCCAGGCAACUGUGCUGUCUUAACAUCAUACGUAAGAAUAGCCUGGUUCAAGAAGAAGCUCUUUCCUGCUGAAAAGAUUAUUUCUGCUCUGGCAUUUGUAAACACUGUUAUGAUUUUGACACGUGGAUUGCCUUAUACUUUAUUUUCACUUGGAGCUGAGGAUCUCUUCAAUAAGGUAGGGUGUCAAAGUAUCUUAUAUAUAUCUCGUGUUUCCAGGGCAAUGGCAAUUGGUUUAACCUGUCUUCUCAGCUGCUUCCAAUUGAUUACAGUUUCCCCAGCAGCUUCAAGACUAGCCCAGAUGAAAAACUGUGCAUCAAAGUAUCUGGUUGUGAUCAUAAUUUCCAUCUUGUUUUUGAAUCUUAUCCUCUGCUACUGUUCUGUCAUCUAUGCAAUCCCAAAGACAAACACAACAAAUAUGGAAUUUACCUUCGAUCUUGGAUACUGCAUUCUGAAAUUUUGGAGUGAGGCUGCAUAUCAUGGAUACGGCUUAAUUCUUCUAGCACGAGAUCUUUUCUUUGUAAUACUGAUGGGGCUUGCCAGUGCAGCAAUCCUUUUUGUAUUAUAUCAGCACAGGCAACAUGUGAAACAAAUACGGAGUAACCGCUUUCCCUCUGAACAAGACAUUGAAUGGAAAGCAGCCAAAGCAGUUGUUGGCUUGGCGUCCAUGUACGUCUUUUUCUUUGGUAUAGAGAAUACAAUCUUCCUUGUCACCAUGACUGGUAAUAAGGUCAAUCCUGUUGUGUCAGAUGCUCGUAUUUUUUUCUCUAUUUGCUAUGCAUCAGUUUUUCCCAUUGUGGUAAUUGCAACUAAUUCCAAGGUCAGAAAGCAAUUAAAUUGUGAGGCACAGGAGAAUGAAACAGAAACAUAUAGUACUUCCUACACAAUAUGAAAAGUGAAACUUAUCAAAUGUUAAGCCCAUUCAAAGGAAAGACAGUGACAGUGGAUGUUUAACUGCUGGACAGUAGGACAACAUGUGGUUGUUAUUAAAAUUGAUAAUGAUGGAUAACAGUGCUAAUAUACUGAUUGAACUGUGGGGUAACUAAUUAAAUGACAGUAAUUUAAAUAUGCAGUUUAAAAUGCAUGGAUGUCCAUCACUCAAACCAAGUCACAUUCCAGAAAUGAACAUUUAAACACAAUAUUCAUUUUGAAAAUGACAGACUAAACUAGUCUUAGUUAUUCAUUUGUGGUCUUAGUUAUUCAUUUGUGGAUAUAUGCAAUGCAGCCAGAAUAAAAUAUUUUGUUUAAAAAAUGUAGUUUCAGUGUUGAUAUAUUUAUAACAUAUUAAAUUGUUAAGUUUUGAUUACUAACUAAAAAGGUGUCUCCAUACUUUUGGAAAUCAUUAUUUUUAUUGCAAAACACAUGCAAUCUGUGAUCUACUGUUGAAGUGAAAAGGCAAAUUGACUGAUAUAACACCUCAUAUUAAAAAGACACUUUUGGUUAAGUUUAGUUUUUGAUACAGCCCUAUAGUAAUUUAUAU